AUGUCACUUCGUCGAGUAACUUUAAGUGGACGAUUUGCGCAAAACGAAAGUAAAAUGGAAGAAUCAACGACAAUGAUUAUUAUUAAAGGCCUUAUCGCUGUAACAAUUGAUGUUGGAAUUGCAUUAGCUGCAGCAUUUUUUGCAUUAAAAAUGUUUGUUGGUAAAUUUGUUGUACCAUAUGAACGUGGUUUCUAUUGUUAUGAGGUGCCACAUAUCAGUAAUCCGUUCCGUCCAAAUACGAUAUCAACGAAACAUUUGCUUGCUGUAUCCAUUGCUUCACCAUUUUUGAUCAUCCUUUUGGUAGAAGCUGUGGUAUUAAAGUGUACUUUCGCUCGGUUAAGGCCACAUUAUUUAAGUGUUUGUCAACCAGACUGGAAUGAAAUCGAUUGUAGCGACCCAAAUACUUAUAUUCAAAGUGUUAAUUGUAUGGGGACGAAUAUGCAUCGAAUUCAUAUCGGACGUCAAAGUUUUCCAAGUGGCCAUACAUCAGCCGCUGUACUGCUCUUUGCAUUCCUUUAUUUCUAUCUGAAAGGCAUUGUUGAUGCUACCCGCAAUAAAUUGUUGCGAAUAAUCCGUUUCAUGGUGCUAGUUAUAUGUGGUGUAUGGACAGUAGUGGUAAUGGUGACGCGCAUAACCGAUCAUUGGCAUUAUCCAACCGAUGUUUUAGGCGGAAUAAUAUUAGGCCUUUCAUGCGCAUAUAUUUUGGUUCGAAAGACACAUUCUUCGUUGGUUUACCAUAAUCGUUUACUCGAAAGUAUGCAUAAUUCAUAA